AUGUUUAAUGAGGAUGAAUUAAAUGGUAAUUCAGUAGCCUCUAAGUCCAAUGAAGCUAACUUGACCACUAUUACUAUGGUUUAUAAUAAUAAUUAUGUUAAAUACAAUUUAUAUCAUAUAUCCAUAGAUGUUUUCUACAGCAAAUAUGGUGAUUUUCACACUAUUGAUUGGCAACGUGAUUUGGCUCGAGACAGAAUACGACAUAAGUAUGUAGUAAGCCGAAAACGAAACAUUCCUUCUGGCAUGCUAUACAGUAUGUGGGAUGCAGGUAGUGGUUGGAUAUGCGUUCUAAUGGUGGGACUUGCAGCUGGUGCGAUUGCUGGUAUCAUUGAUAUGGGUGCACGGUGGAUGAGCGAUCUGAAAGAUGGUAUCUGUGCAGAUCGCUUUUGGCUCGAUCGUGAGCAUUGUUGUUGGUCAGCCAAUGAUAGUGUUUAUAAAGAUGCGGAUUGCUCAGCAUGGUCAUCUUGGCCAGAAAUGUUACAGUUUACUGAGCGGAACUUCUUAUAUUAUCUUUUUGAACUUUUUUUCUAUUGCGGAUGGAGUUUGCUUAUGACAGGACUUGCUGUUUCUUUAGUGAAGAUUUUUGCUCCAUAUGCCUGUGGAUCAGGUAUACCCGAAAUUAAAUGUAUUCUUUCUGGUUUUAUUAUUCGUGGAUAUUUAGGAAAAUGGACAUUUAUUAUAAAAUCAGUUGGUUUGAUUCUUGCAUCAGCUUCUGGUUUGAAUUUGGGAAAGGAAGGUCCAAUGGUGCAUCUUGCAUGCUGUAUUGGCAAUAUUUUUUCAUAUCUUUUUCCUAAAUAUGGUUCAAAUGAAGCCAAAAAACGUGAGAUUUUGAGUGCUUCAGCUGCUGCAGGUGUAUCUGUAGCUUUUGGUGCUCCCAUUGGAGGCGUUAUGUUUAGUUUGGAGGAAGCAAGUUAUUAUUUUCCCUUAAAAACUAUGUGGCGUUCUUUCUUCUGCGCUCUUGUUGCCGGUAUUAUUUUGCGCAUAAUGAAUCCUUUUGGUAGUGAUCAGACAUCGUUAUUUCAUGUGGAUUAUAGCAUGAAAUGGACUUUCAUAGAGCUGAUUCCAUUUGCUGGCUUGGGUAUUUUUGGUGGAAUCAUUGGUAGCCUAUUUAUUUGGGCGAAUAUUAAAUGGUGCAGGUUUAGAAAAACAAAUAAAACACUCGGAAGCAAUCCAAUCAAUGAAGUCUUAGUAGUUACCUUAAUUACAUCCUUUUUAAGCUACUUUAAUCCAUACACGCGAAAAAGCGCUUCGUCCUUGAUAAAACAGUUAUUUGAUCGUUGCGGACCUGAAGAUUACAUGAUGGAUCUUUGUGAUUAUCAAAAUAAAACUUUCAGUUCUGAUAAAAGUGCUUUUUUGCAAUUGAUAGUGGCCUUAAUAAUCAAAUUUGUUCUAACCAUAUACACUUUUGGAAUAAAAGUGCCAUCAGGAUUAUUUGUUCCAAGUUUAGCGAUGGGUGCAAUAGCCGGUAGGCUACUGGGCAUCACAAAAGAUGGUAUACAGAGCAGCAUUUGGUCUUGUCAGAUAGGUAAAGACUGUGUUAUGCCUGGGUUAUAUGCUAUGGUUGGUGCCGCUGCUGUAUUGGGAGGUGUUACCAGGAUGACAGUAUCACUGGUAGUUAUAAUGUUUGAGUUAACUGGAAGUCUAGAAUUCAUUGUUCCCACUAUGGUAGCUGUUAUGUUCGCUAAAUGGAUCGGUGAUGCAAUCUAUAGAUUGGGCAUAUACGAUGCUCAUAUUGAUCUCAAUGGUUAUCCGUUUUUGGAUAAUAAAGGGGAAUAUCCUUUUUCAACUGUGGCUGUGCAAGUUAUGAAACCAUUGCCAGAGAAAUCUUUUGUUUUAGGUGGUGAUCCGUUGCGAGUACUCACCCAAGAUACCAUGACUGUAAGUGAUGUUGAAAUGUUGAUGAGGGAAACCGAUUACAAUGGCUUUCCGGUAAUUGUCAAUGAAGAAAAUUAUUUUCUUGUCGGUUUUUGCACAAGGCGAGAUUUGCAACUGGCACUUUUAUCAGCGCGUAAAACUCAAGCAUUUAUUGUUCCCAAUUCAAUUGUUUAUUUUACAUCUGAUACGCCUGAAGAUCAGUCAGCUGAUCCUUGUCCAUUACGUCUUCGUAAAAUUAUUGAUUUGGCACCAAUGACAGUAACAGGUCAAACACCAAUGGAAACUGUAAUCGACAUGUUUCGGAAAUUGGGAUUACGUCAAGUGCUUGUCACUCAUAAUGGUCGUCUUCUCGGAAUAAUAACGAAGAAGGAUAUCCUUCAUUUUAUGAAAAAAAAUGAUAAUCUUUUCGUAUAA